UGUCUGCAGAUUUGCAAUGAAGUAUUGCCAAGACUUGGUAAAUUCCUCACUGUCUGAGGAAGCAGAAUGCUUGCUCUUACUGCUGCAUGGCUGAGUUAAUCCGCAAAGAGUACUCCCCCUGCGAGAGCCCUUAAUGCAAGCUGAUAGUUUGGUUUACAGUACUAUUCCACUUCUAGUGAUCGCAAUCAACAGAAAAGCACCAGUCAGGCUGUGGAAUAAUGAAUGCAUUCAGUUAAAGCACCAGCUGUCGCAGGAAGCUUUCGUGGUUGACUUCUCAACUUGUUGUCCUUGUUGCAUAUGUUUCACAGUCAGGCACAAAAAUGGUGUUUUGUUGAGUUCCUGAUUCUUCAAGUCAAGAGUAGAACAAGUGUUGCUAAUUGGGAAGAAAUUCACACCUUCGGUUGAAUUGCCUUGCAGAAAAGUGGUGGGUGCAGUGCUUUGAUCAUAAAUCUGUUCAAGGUUUUACUUAAAUGAAAUUCUCCUAAAAUGAGCUUUCAAGGUAACAAUUCCAGCAAGGUAGCAUGCUCAGAAAAUGAGAGAAGAAAUUACUUUCAUCUCCCUGGUUUGACCAGUGACCCAAAUGGCAAUCAAGUUGCCUGCAGCACAGAAGUAUCUUCCGAAGCUAUCCGUGUUAGAACCCCAUUGACUAAUGGAAGUUGUGAGUGCCCAGAUGUACAGAUAAACCCAAUUAAUAUUGGUGUUGAUGUCAGGAUAAUGGUUUCUGACCAAAUAGCUUGUAGGCCUCAGGACAUGCAUGGACCUGAACUGAAAAUUGCUGGUGACUCUUUCUGUGAUCUUGCAGCACCUGCUUGUAUGGUUCUCACUAGUUCACAAAGUAACUCUUCAGAUUGUCACCGAUGGCUGGCUGAUAAGUGUUGUCAUGCAAAGUGUUCUGUUACAUCAACAGAUCCAGGGCAGAGGAAGAUGGAACAAGACACAGUUGAUGCUAGACAAAUGACUUUAGACCAAACCAUGACUGAGUGCUAUGUGACAGGUUGUGAGGACAAGUUCAGCACUUAUGAUACCAAUAAAGCUUGCCGAAAGAAAUUGGAGCAUCGCAUUUCAGAUGACUGCUUUAAAUUAUGUCCAAGUGCCCAUCCUAAUGACACAAUGAGAAUUGCAAUGAAUACGGAAAUAAAUUUGAAAUAUUCAGUACCAUCUUCUGAAUCCAAGUUGGAAAUGAAACACAAUGUAGAUGACAUGGAAUGUGAUUCUAGCGUGCAUGUUGUUGAAUCAUCUGUAUUUUCAAACAGUUCAGAUUAUUCAAUUGUAACGUCAGACCAAUCAUUAGACACAUUUGAAAAUCCAGGAAACCAACUUGAAUUUUGA